AUAUAAAUUGCAGCGUCGACGCGCACCUCGCGCAAUUCCAGCGUUGGAUCGUUGGCUUCACUUUUCUUUUUUUCUUUCGCGCGUUUCGACUACUCUCACGCUUUCUGAGAUGAAGUGCGUCUUUGCGGUGCUUUGCGGCUUCCUCGUAAUGGGCUAUACCUACUGCAUGGAUCUUCAAUUCUCAAAUCAAAUGAAAGAAUGUGCAAGCGAAAUGGGAAUCUCUCCGGACCAAGUGCUGGACAUGGCUGAAAAAAAUGACCCACAAUCAGACUGCGUCCGUGCGUGUGUGCUGAAAAAGCUUGGUGCUCUAACAAACGGAAUCCUAGACAAAAGUGUUUUGCUAUCUCUUUUGGAUCAAAAUAAAGACAGUGUGUCUAAUUACGAUCAACUGCGCAAUAACAUCGAGACGUGUUUCACCGAAGCUACGAGUACAGGAUCGACCGAUCACUGUCAAGUAGGCGGAAAAUUCGGUAGCUGCAUGAAGGAUCACGCGACAGGUUAACUACUUCUCAAUUUACGAUACGUACCUAUUACAUAUGUGGUUCUCCGAGUGUCUUUCUAUUAUAUUCACUUCACGUGCAUUGCAGUAAAAAAAAUACAAAAAAAAAAUAUAAUACACCACGUACACGCAACUUAUAAAGACUUAUUUUUAUG